AUGUGGGCCUCCGGGCCUGCUGCGGCCCGGCGCGGCCCCCGGUUGUGGGUUGAGCACAUGAGCUUGAGGCCGGGCUCGGCCCGGCCCGCGACGGCUGGCCGCGGACGAGCGCGCUCGCGCUGCUCGUCAAGAUGGCGGCGGUGGCGAUUUUGCGGCGACAAAAGUUCAGUCGUACAGCGCUCAGGCGCCUGUCGUCUUUCGCUCUGGGGGGAGGCGGGCAGUCUUUCGUCUUUUGUCGCCGAUUUCGCACACGCGCGCGCCGCGCGACCCGCGUCGCUCCGCGAGGGCAUGAGCCUUCCGCGAUUCGAUCCCGCAGCCAAAAGCUGCUCGCUCGAAUCGCGGCCGACUCUGCCACCGCGGCUGCAGCUGUUGAGCUCUCCAGAAGACUGGUGCCUCAUAUGCUGCCUCCCUGCGGAUGCUGCCGGCGAGCCUGGCGGUCCGCUGACCAUCGGGUCCUUCAGCCACCAAAGCGAGAUCACCCGAGAGCAGCUGAGCCUGCCUCUGGCCUCGCCUCCCUCUCCUUCAGGCAUUCGUGGCAUCCUAUGGGUCGUCCAGAGAGUGAUCUCCGGUCACUUGAUGACGACCAUGAAGCCCCCCCGACCGCGUCGAACUCACGGCGCGGGCUCUCUCGGCUACCGGGACCGGCCCCAGCUUCGGCUGAGGGCUAACAAGCUGCCGAGCCCAAAUCACU